CGCUAUUAACUUCAUAGUACGGACCUGGAUUACGCCGAAAUCGGAUCGAUAGCUCGAACGGAAGACAAAUCAACGAAAUCAAACGAACGGGUCAAAUUGAGUCAAGAUACGAAAUCGAUUAAUCAAUCCGGCGUGGAGGUUAAUCUACCGGCGAUAUCAACUCCGGGCAGCGGCUGGAUGCGGCGACGGUGACGGAUGCCGGCGACAGUGGCGGAGCGGCAACUCGACGGCGUACAGUGGCGGCGCUGCAACUCGACGGCGAUGAGCAGCGAGUGGCGGCGCUGCAACUCGACGGCGAUGAGCAGCGACUGGCGGCGCUGCAACUCGACGGCGAUGAUGGCGGAUGCCGGUAGGGGAGGCGGCGUACAGUGGCGAGGCGGCCGCUGUUCUAAGGGCGACGGCGGCCGGAGGCGAUUGGCGGCGCUGCACUCGACGGCGAGGGAAGACGCCGGUAGUGGAGGCGACGUCCAGCGCUCGGCGUGGCGGCGCUGCAACCCGACGGCGGCGGACGACCGACGAAGGAAGCAGCGGCGAUUGGCGGCGCUGGACCUCGCAGUGGGCGACGGACUUCCGGCGAGGGAGAGGCUGCGGCGAUGGCUGGGGAAGGACGACCGGCGACUGGUUUACGGCGGCGAUCGAGAACGACAAAGGAACAUCUCGCACUUCUUGCGAAUCAAGCGCCAUGCGCUCAAGGACGAUAUGAACUCGGGAGCCUUGGGGAACACCUCCCCGGAGAGUGAUACGUCGCUACCGUCCUCGGCUCUCAGUUGUACGGUCCGACAACUGCAGUCGACCACUGCUCUAUGCUCGGUGCCGGUCAAGAAGACUUGUUUGAUCACUAAAGCCAAGUUUUCCCGGAUCGUGUCAUCUCGUGCAAAUCUGGAUCUGAUAGUCGCAGAAGAAGAAGAGAGCCAAAACAAGACUCAAGCUGAGUCAUCUCGUGCCGGAGGAAGUCGAGCCACGGAGCGCGUCACCCGUCAACGCAGGACUCGUCCAAGAGAAGAAGUACCGGAACCUUCUUGGGUGAAGAGGAUCUUCGAUACUCUCACGUGCAUCAGAGAUGACGUUUGCCAGCUCAACGAGAGGAUGACUCGUUUUGAGCAAUCCCGCUCCUACCAAGGCAUGCGUCACAGCUUUAGCGGAGGAGCUCGUCCGGCAAACUCUCUUUGAUUUUAUUCCUUCUAUCUUGACUUAUUAUGAUAUUUUGUUAUUUGCUAUUGUUAUUGUUAUGACUCUUUUGAUGUAUGAUUAUGUUGCUAAUUAUGUAUUUGUGUGUUUGGCAAUGUAGUUCUCUUUUAGAACAUAUUGUCCCUUUGUGGCAUUCCUGUUAGAAGUUUUUUUUUAAGAAAAUUUCUUGCAAAUU